AUGGAACUGAAACGGGACCGGAAACGCCACCAGAUAGGCCAGCGGCUCGUCAAACUUGAGCACACGUUCGCUCAGGAAAAGGAACUGUUCUACAACCAGCUGUUACACGAGCUCCAGGCGGUAUUGGCGACGCUUCAACAGGGGACCAACGACGACCUCGGCCGCCAACGAAACCGCCUCGAAAUCGAGAGAGACUACGAACUCACUCGCCUCAGAUUGUGGGAGGAGUACCAGGUGAAACAGGUCGAGCAGGAGUACCAGGAAGAGCUUGAACGCGCCAAGGACCACCACGACAAGAUGAUCAAGCUCAUCAAGGAGAAGCUUUACGAUAAGCUUCAAAAUCAAAUCAAACAGCUUAAAGAGGAUAAGCUCUUGCUCAAUUUGGUCAACGCCAACCUGUGGGGCGGCGACCAGGGGCUGGCGGCGUUGCUGGCGGCGGUGGUGCUGCUGCUCAGCCACCUGGGCCGGCUGCUCCGCAAACGGGAAAUGCGGUUCACUACGGGGGAAGCCGACGACCUUAGCGAUGGCCCCUCGGCGCUGGCUAACGGCCACGUUCUGCUGGCGGGCAACGGCUACAUUUCCGCCUCAAAACGGCGCCGCCACUACCCCACCCGCUACUCGCUGAACGACGAGCUGCUGGCGGGGUUCCAGCUGAGCACGGCUCCGGCGCACCACAUUUUGGCGACUUCGGGUUCGGUAACUGACCUGAAUUUGAGCGAUAAAGACUACGACGCCCUCAACGUCAUGAUCAUGACCAGCGACGAUAUGGUGGGACUCAACUUGACGCUGAGCCGCCCGCUGAACGGCAAACCCAACACGCGCGGCAACAAACAGUUCCCGGGGGUCCAGGGGCUAAAACCGGAAGAGCUCAACGAGGACUUGUCCUUGUUGCGGAGUGCUGUUAAUAACUAG